AUGGCAAUUAAAAAGAUUACAACAUCUCCUAUAUACAGAAUCCCCCUGUUGGGAUCUCACUUGCGUCGCAAGGCUGUAAUGCAGGCCGUCGAGAGACUGCAGACGUUACAGAAGGACAUCGCGUGGUACUUCUAUCGGAGGGCGAGGCUGUCCUGCCCUGCGGUGAACUACAGUCUGGGGUCAGAUUGCAAUCGGCCGGCGGCUGGUGGACGGGACUCCUUGAACGUGGAGGACACCCAAGUCGCGGAGGACACCCGAGUCGCGGAGGACACCCGAGCCGCGGAGGACCCCCGAGUCGAGGAGGGUCGCGGAGGCCAUGCGGGAGUUCAAGAAGUUCCAGCCAAGCAGAAUUCCGAAGGCAAAGGGAAUCCUGAAGUUAAAGGAAGUCCUAAAAGCAAAAGAAGUCGCAAAAGAAAUCCAAAAGGCAAAACAACUGAGGAUCCCACUGCCUUGGUGCAUCUGGACGUCACGGAGGAUCCCAAUGUAAGCCAGGAUCCCAAAGUAAGCCAGGAUCCCAAAGCAAGCCAGGAUCCCAAAGUAAGCCAGGAUCCCAAAGCAAGCCAGGAUCCCAAAGCAAGCCACGAUCCCAAAGCAAGCCACGAUCCCAAAGCAAGCCACGAUCCCAAAGCAAGCCACGAUCCCAAAGCAAGCCACGAUCCCAAAGCAAGCCACGAUCCCAAAGCAAGCCACGAUCCCAAAGCAAGCCACGAUCCCAAAGCAAGCCACGAUCCCAAAGCAAGCCACGAUCCCAAAGCAAGCCACGAUCCCAAAGCAAGCCAGGAUCCCAAAGCAAGCCAGGAUCCCAAAGCAAGCCAGGAUCCCAAAGCAAGCCACGAUCCCUAA